AUACGUAACUGGAUAAAUAGCACUGGACAAAGCCUUCUUAAUUCUCACAACUCUAAGCCUGAAAACUUCAAGGAGGCAAUUAACAUUCGAAAACAGCACGAGCAACUUGAAUUCAAAUGCUUGACUUUCCUUGCUGAAUAUGCAUCUGUUGGUGAAUUUCGAACGCAUAGUCCUUCAAGCGAUGCAUUACUUGAUUUAGAUCUGGACAUUCUUGCCUUUAUUGAUAAGCUCAAUUUCAGGACCUAUUUUGUUGUUUCAUGUUUUACGUACUUCCGGGAACACGAUGAGAUAUUAGAAUGUGAAGAAAAAAUAAAUUCAUCCAAGAUAAGCUUCGACAAUCUAGUAGCUGAAGUCUACCUGAAAUUUGGUAAUUUAUUUGUGGGGAAGUCAGCGUUGGAAGCGACUCAGCUUGCAAAAACAUAUCAAGGUUAUGCUGAAAAAUUGCAGGUGAAAUUUUCUUACAUAAGUCAAUAUUCUACGGUCAUGCAUGAUGAUUGGAAACACUUAUUCGACCUGUACUGCCGAAUGUGCAAUGUCGACCAUCGAAUCACGAGCAGGCCUAUAAUUGCAACCAGGACAAGACUUCUAGGACAGUAUUCCAAAGUGCGUGAAGAAGUCGAAAAAUUACGCAUGCUCACUGAGGAUUCUAAGGCUUUUUAUGCUGCAAAUGACUCGGUUAGCAAACCCUUACUUACUGCUGCCCAUACAUUAUGCAGCAAAUUUGCUAAAUGUGAUUUUAUUCUCUUUAUUAGUUACUCGAAGCGAUUGACAGCAGCAUAUGAAGAAAUGAAAGCGGACAUUCAAUUAAAAAUAUAUACGAUUUAUCUUCAACUUCGAGAAUAUGAAAGAAAAUUGUGGGGUGAUGUGAAAAACUUCUUUGAUUGCCCCGACGAACUUAUUCCUCCUCGGUGUCGCAACACUUCACAUGCUGUGUCACAACAAAGGCCACAACUUAGCCAGUCUCUUCCACAACUCGGGUCGUCGUUGGGUUCUAUUAUUUCGGAAGAAACGCCUGUUAUUUCAAAACCUAUCGUCGAUGGAGACAAUAAGGUCGUGUCCUCCGAGCAACGCAACACAAAACGCCUUGAUAAGUUUUCUCGUCGGCUGGCAGGCUUAACAAAUACUUCUCCUAAUCGUUUGAGGCCUUCCACUCUGAAGGAAGUUGAAAACCUACUUCAGAACGUUGAAAUGGCCGGCCGCUUGGCGGACAUGGAGUGGAGAAAGCUCUCAAGCUGUCUUGACAGCGAACGCGAUCUAGAUGAAGCUGGGUGCCGAUACAACGCAUGGCAGUCGGGCUGGCUUCUAAAGCGCGACCACUUGGUCAAUCAUAAGCGGAUACUUAUGAGUGCUGCAGAAUUACAAAACACCAUGGACAAUUGCAGGCAACAGCUUGACCUCCUUGUUAGUAUUGCAUGCAAUUGCAAUGAAAGUGAAAAUGCAAACAAGUACAUUGAGGAACUUAAUAGGAUAAACAAAGACGUGAUGAGCCUGCGGAAAAGGGUGCCCGCUCUAGAGAGUCGCCUCGAUGGUCUUAAUCAAGAAGCAAGAGUUUUGUUCAAUUCUGAGACGCCACCCUGUCUGCUCAAAUUAAACGAAGAUUGGGAUAAUUAUCAACAGGUUUUGGGUGAAAUUGAAUCUCUCCUUGCCAGACUAAUUAAGGGUACCAAUCUUCUGGCAGCAGCUCAUGAAUUCAUACUCGUAAUGAAGCCUAAACUUGACACCGAUAAUCGCGAUCCUCAAUUCCUUACUGACGUGCAGCAAGAAGCAACUCGACUACAGGAACGCAUUGAACGUCACCUCGAUUCCGGAAGCCCGAAUGAAACUUUCUCCUUGAGCACAUUACCUAACAGGUGGCUUAAUGAGGGGUUACUAUCGGCUUUGGGGCCAUUAAAGGAGGCCAGUGAAGAGGCUGAAUUAAUGGUCACCAACUUGAAUGAUCGAAGCAACACUUCUCACCCUGAGGCCAUACAAGAAAAGACAACAUCAGAUGGUUCGUCGUUCCUAAAACAACACCAAUUUUCAUUAGCACAGCGAUGCCAGGAAAAUGAAAUGGUUGAAUACCAACUCUCAGAAGGCCAAUCAUCAGACAACGUUUUAGAGCCUAAGGAAGCUGGUUCUAUGAGAACUCCCCCAAGUAAGGCUCCUGAUGGAGUUUACAUGAUAUCGCAGUUAGAAGACAUCAGCACCACACCUGGGAGUUCUGUUGGGAUGCGCUGCGCUUUCAGUGGAUUCGACACUCAGCCGAUCGUCGACUGGUCAUUCACACCUGCAUUUAACAUCAAAAGCGAUGCGAUUUCCCUACUUGCUACAACAUCUGAGGUCUACAGUGAUAUGCGCACAACAUGGCUUGCGAUUCCCAAUAUUCUUUACAAGCAUGCCGGUAAUUACUCGGUCACGAUUACCCAUCCCCAGAAUGGUGAAACAUUAAGUAGUUCAGCUAAAAUACACGUUGAAUCAAAGUUCAAACGUGGCCUGUCGGAUGUAACGGCAAUCGUCGAUGGAAAUAAGUGCACGGUUACCGGCAAAGUUGUUGAAUUUGUCUUGGAAUACGAUGGAUUUGAUAGGAUACCUUCUCUGGUAGUCUGGCUUCACAAUGGCAGGCCAAUCGACCCAACUAAAUGGGCCGUGUCUUUCCAACUUGGAAUCAGCAGGUCGAAGAAUGCACGCACAAAGGCCGACUACACUGAAACUAAAACCAUCAUUAUUAUAAUAGCAACUCUUAGAAUCAAGAAUUCCCUCGAUAUACCUCUACCUGCCUCUCGGGCCUCUUCUCGUGCUGGAACGCCGAGCGGAAGUGGAGGAUUUCCGAAGAUUACUGUUGCACUAGAUGGCUGCCCUCUGGCCCUGAAAUGUCCCCUUCCAAGCAGUGCAGUUCAGGCAUACGAUCGAGCCCGUCGCGUUCGCAUGCGCUGGUUCCGUGAUGGAACCCAACUCUACGACUCUGACUCCCGCGACCCAGACUACUUUAAGGGCGCAAAGGGACUGCAGUUCCUCGAUGGGAACACGUGUUGGAAUGCUGGCAUUACUGAAAAAAAGGAAGUACUGCUUUGUACGAACAGGGUUCGAUCCGUUGACGCCGGAGUCUACUCGUGUCGAGUAGGCAUUGAUGAUGACGUCUACGAGUCUUCAGGUAUUGUUUGCCCUGGUGAUACCUUGUUUACUGGACAGCUCACAAGGAAAGGACCUGGCAGUCUGUUUCGACUGGCUCAGGAUGUGUUGGUGUGUAUUUCUGCAGGCAUCCUCACCGUGUGUUCAGGCCCCCAGUUCGUUGAGCAGUUGGUUGGGACAAAAGUCUACCUCGGCGAGCCCGCAGUUCUUCGCUGUCGGGUUGAGCCCUGGUUACCGGGAAGCACUCCAGAGGAGGAGAAGGAGACUACAAUUACCUGGUACCACUUUGACACCCCACUGUCGCCGGAGCUUCAAGCUCGAGUUGGAAUCAAAACGGAGUGCGACGAGGGCUUGUGUACACUGCGGAUUGAGAGAGCCUCAAGACGUUUUGCUGGCUUGUAUAAAUGCGAAUCUAAGAGUAAAUUCGGCAUCUGCGAGACCAGUUGCCGGUUGCUCAUUGACCAACCGGUUCGUCCGACAAUUAUGGGUCCAAUCCAAUGCCUUAAAGAUGCAAGUAAUGAGGACGUGGCAAUCCUUCGAGUAGAAUACGAUGCUGUGCCUCAACCUGAAGUCAUGUGGCUGAAAGACAACCAACCCUUAAAUCCAGAGCCAGAUAUUCAGGUAUAUCAGAACAAGCCUUUUUAA